GAAAAAGCUUUCCGUCGAUGUUCUUUACGUUGUUCGAUGAAAUUAGUGGAACAGAUACGAUAUGACAUUUCGUCAAAGCACUAGGAUCUCGGAAUUAUGGAAGGGGCAAAUAUGGAGUUGAAAAAUGGUCACGUCGAAGAAAACGGCAAGAAACCAACGAAGAAACAGAAGUCGGUCUUUUGGACGUACGUAUUGUGGCUCGUUGGAGGUCUACUUGGAGCACACCACGUGUACCUGGGACGGGAUGUGCAGGCCUUCGUCUACUUCAGCACUUUUGGGGGAUACUUUGGUCUCGGAUGGCUGCGAGAUAUUUACAGGAUUCCUGCGUACGUGCGAGACGCGAACGAGGACUACGCUUUCCUGAACGAAUUCAAACAGAAAAUCAGAGCCAACAGAAAGCCGCCAUUCUCAACGGUGCGAUUCGCUGCCGAAAAUGCAGUGGCGUAUUUGUGGGCUGAACUGUUUCGCAAUGCAAUUCCGGAAGACGAAGUUUUCGGGAUUAAUUUUAGGUACUUGCUGAUCCUGACACCCUUAGUCAUCGCUCUAGGCGUCUGGACGAUCGGAAACAUCGGUAGGGAACAAGGAUCGAUAUGGCUUGCACUUGGCUCGGCGUAUUUGUUUUAUCCAACGUUAACGUACAUCGGUGACGACACCGUGUGGUUACUUUUAAUGGUCGUAGCUGCCAGUUUAAGUUUCGAUACAUUUAGCAAACAAUGGAGACUGAAGCCAAGGAAGAAAAGAAGUCUCGUUCGAAGAAUUGUUUAUUUGACUCUGGCCUCUGCGAUCUUCCUCUGUAUGUUGGGUUGCUAUCUGUACUUUAACGCGGUCAUUACCGACAGCGAAGGCGAAGAGAUCAAACUGUCCGAAGCUAUUCAACAUUUCUUAACGUCUCCUAUAUGGGUCGAUCUCAAGGCUAGCCUGGAAGCAACGUGGAACCAAGCGAAGCAUCAAGGUUUCUGGGCAACCUGGGCGCAACUGGUGGACCUAACCGAUCCUCGAGGAGAGAUAAACGCUUACAAAGUGUUGGGCCUGUCGCAAACGGCCACGCAAGCCGAAGUAACGGCUCGUUGGAGAGCCCUCUCGAGAGACAACCAUCCUGACAAGAUAAAAGGCAACGAGGUGGAGAGAAGACAAGCUCAAGAAAAAUUCAUGGAGAUACAGCAAGCGUACGAAAUCCUUUCCAAGGCAAAGAAUCGUAGACAACGUCGCAAUAGAAAGUCCGACCCGUGAUCGGUUUAAUUCUAUGCAACAG